AUGGACCUCCCGCGGGUGCGGCUGGUGGUCACCGCGGACGACUUUGGUUACUGCCCGCGGCGCGAUGAGGGCAUCGUGGAGGCCUUCCUGGUUGGGGCAGUGACCAGCGUGUCCCUGCUGGUCAACGGCGCGGCCGCGGAGAGCGCCGCGGAGCUGGCCCGCAGGCACAGCAUCCCCACGGGCCUCCACGCCAACCUGUCCGAGGGGCGCCCCGUGGGCCCGGCCCGCCACGGAGCCUCCUCGCUGCUCGGUCCAGAAGGCUUCUUCCUUGGCAAGAUGGAAUUCCGGAAGGCGGUGGUGGCCGGCGACGUGGCUUUGCCCCAGGUGCGGGACGAGCUAGAGGCCCAGCUGAACCGCUUCCGGGAGUUGCUGGGCAGGGACCCCACGCACGUGGACGGGCACCAGCACGUGCACGUGCUCCCAGGCGUGUGCCAGGUGUUCGCGGAAGCGCUGCAGGCCCAUGGGGUGCGCUUCACGCGGCUACCGCUGGAGCGCGGUGUGGGCGGCUGCGCGUGGCUCGAGGCCCCAGCGCGUGCCUUCGCCUGCGCCGUGGGGCGCGACGCCCGGGCCGCCGUGGACCCCUUCUCCCGCCACGGCCUACGGUGGACAGAUGCUUUUGUGGGGCUGAGCACAUGCGGCCGCCACAUGUCUGCGCAGCGCGUGUCCGGGGCGCUGGCUCGGGCCCUGGAAAGCGUCCCGGCGGGCCACGCCCUGACAGCGGAGCUAAUGGCACACCCUGGCUACCCCAGCGUGCCGCCGGCUGGGGGCUGCGGCGAAGGCCCGGACGCCUUCUCCUGCUCCUGGGAGCGGCUGCACGAGCUGCGUGUCCUCACGGCACCCACACUGCGGGCCCGGCUUGCCCAGGAUGGCGUGCAGCUCUGUGCUCUAGACAUCCUGGACUCCAAGAGGCUGGGCGAGGGCCCUCCCCGGUGAGCCCACUCUGGAACCUUCUCCACUCUGACUCAACGGACAGCCAAGGACUAAUACCUCCUUAGUGAAGAA